AUGGCCAUGCCCUAUGCCGAGGAGAUACAAAUGCAACAACGUGCAAGACAUGUCUUGUCGAUGCGAGCAAUCGAAUCCGAAAAUUUUGCCCUUCUGACAAGUAUAAGGGAGCUAGUAUAUGGUGUCAUUGAUGAUACGAGGAGGUUGUUCAUCAUCAACACAAUGAAUGUGAGUGAUCCGGUGUUGUUCAACCAAAAGAUGAACGAUUUGCUUGGCUUGUUGUCGGACAAAGCUGUCUCUAACAUAUCGAGAUUGUAUGCGGCUGGGAGUGCGGAGCUUGAUGGGUCGGGGUUGAACAAAGUUUAUGGGUUAGUUCAGUGUACAAGAGAUCUUUCGAGUGUGAAUUGCAAGAAAUGUUUUGAUAUUGCCAUAAGUAGGCUUCCAAGCCUCCAAGGUGCUGCUAUGGAAGGGAAGAAGGAAGAGUUAUUGGAGAAAAUAUAA